AUGCAUUGGCUUUGGUUGGAUUGCAUCGAAUCCGUGGCCGCAACUUUCUUAUCGGGGCCGGAUUUCCCCAACCAAUGGGUUCAGAUUAAGAUACGCAAAUAUAGGAGUUAGUAACACCUUAUUAAUACUUUAUUUUUCAAUUUUUAUGCUAAUCUUUUGCUUCAUUGUGCUGCAAUAUCUUACGUUUUUUAUAAUAACUUUUUUCUAGGUAUGGCUACAGUAAAGGUCUCAGCCGGACUGAAUCCAGCAGCACUAACUUUACCAGAUGCUCAGAUUGUCAUAGUUGGAAAGCACAAGCUUUUGAAACAGUUAUCAUUUGACGAUGGACUUCAAAAGAAGCUGAAUGGAGUUGACGAUAAGUUGUUCCAGGCCGCCAUUAAUCAGAUUCAGCCAGGAUCUUCUGUUUCAUUGUAUUUGGAUUUGGCCAAGGUAGGUUUUACGCUUAUGUUGACGUUUACUAAUGUAUUUUUGAUGUUUCAUUGUUCGUUUACUAUAUUCAAACUGUUUCGAAAAAAGUUGAAAAGAUGUUUUAGGUAGUGUCAGUGUCGGAUGAGUUCAGUAGGUGCAACAGUCCUUCGAACUCAAACGAGAUCUUUAAAGAAUUAAAAUCUUUGAAGAUUGCCAAAAGCGCCAAGGUAAGCUUUUUUAUAUCUGAUGGGUUGUGCAAACAUUGCGUGGUUUUUAUGGUUGUCUUAGAAAUGAAGAAGUUGUUUAAUUUUUUUAUAUUAACCUUAAUUAUACAUGGUUUUAUUUGUCUGUUGUGUCACUUAUCAAUGGUACUAAUUUCAGGCAUUAGUAGUCGUGAUAUACUCAGAGUUUGAGAAUGUUCUGGCUUCAGUGAUCGCUGUAGCUCGUGCUUUCCCAGCGUACUCAAAGAAGACACAGUUGAAGCAGUUUGAGGACAUCCAAGUCGAAGUUGUCGUGACUUCUGAAGGGAAGGUGGGCUUUUAAAGUUAUUGGAUAGCUUUAACAUUAAUCAUCUUUAACUCAAAAUUUUAAUUUACAAUUUUUUUUAAUUCAGUUUUAAGUUUUGUAAAAUAUUUUCUUGGUUUUUUAUAACUAGAUGUUAUUAUAGGAGCUAAGCGAUUUGGAUCUGAAGUUUUUGAACUGGAUCAGCGAAGCUUCGCGAACAUGUGCCAAACAAAUCGAUGCACCGUGCAAUGAAAUGAAUUCAGAUGUGUUUGCUGAACAAGCUCUGAAGAUUGCUGGAGGACUGGGCGUACCUUUGAAGACAACUGUCAUCAAGGUAAGAAUGGUAGAAUAAGCAGUAAUUUUCUCUCCGAAUUUUUUUAGUAAUAGUUUUUUAAAUUGCGUAAACGAAAUAUCUUAUUUUAGGGUGAAGAUCUUCUAUCUCAAGGCUUUGGCGGUAUCUACCAUGUAGGUAAAGCAGCCGAUCACCCACCUUACUUUGUGUGUCUGUCCCAUAAACCAAACGGAGCGACAAAAGACAUUGCACUAGUCGGAAAGGGCAUUAUGUUUGAUACUGGAGGCAUGCAGAUCAAGACCAAGACUGGAAUGCCUUGUGAGUUUAAAGUUUAGUCAAAAUAUGUAUUUAAAUUAUGAUUUUUUGUUUUGUUUUAUAUUGUUUAUCAUUAAUAUUUUUUAUUAUUUUUGAUGUUUAUAGCCAUGAAAUGUGACAUGGGUGGAGCUGCUGCUGUCUUUGCUGCCUUCUGCACAUUGGCACAGUCUGGAUUCAAGCAGAAUCUACAUUGUUUGUUGUGUAUUGCUGAGAACAGUGUUUCUCCAAAGGCCAAGUAAGUUUUUCAUAGGUAUUACAUUAGUCGGAGGUAGCAUAUUUGUUACCUAAAAACUUAUUUUCAGUCGACCAGAUGACGUGAUAACAAUGCUGAGCGGAAAGAGUGUCGAGAUCUCUAACACGGACGCAGAAGGUCGUCUCGUAUUGGCCGAUGGAGUCUUCUACGCCAAGAAUGUCCUAAAAGCAGAUACCAUCAUUGACAUGGCUACCUUAACUGGAGCUCAGGCUUAUGUAUCCGGCAGAAUCCACGCAGCUGUCUUGUGUAACAAAGAAGACACGGAGCAGAAGGUGGUGAAGGCUGGCAAAAGGUCAGGAGAUCUUGUACAUCCUCUUCCAUACGCUCCCGACCUCCACUUCUCUGACCUGAAGUCGCAGAUAGCUGACAUGAAGAACUCGAACCUCGGGUCGAUGGAGGGUCCUCCGAGUGCCAUCGCGGGUCUCUUUAUCGCUUCCCAGAUCAAUUUCUCGGAGGACGUGGACUGGAUUCAUGUAGAUAUCGCUGCUCCGGCCUUUAAGAAUGACAGAGCGACUGCCUUCGGCCCGCCUUUGAUCUGUUCGGUUCUGUCGGAGUUUGUAGACAUACCUCUGCUGAAGUGA